CUCAUUGAAGUUGCCAUCUCCCCGGACGCAAAAAACAUUUUCUUUUUUUCAACUGUAAAAUUCAAAAUGUUGUCUGCACAACCAGCUUACGCACUUGCUAGAGCCACUUUUAAGCGUGCUCAACGUGGCCUCUUUGGAGGUAAGCACAUCCAAUUCGGUAACAAUAACCCCUUUUCCAAGAAAAAGACGAGACGUAACUGGUUACCCAAUGUGCAAAAUAAAAACUUGUAUUCCGAAUCACUUAAAUCAUUUAUUGAAGUCAAAGUCACCACAGCCGUUUUACGUACUAUUGACAAGAAGGGUGGAUUAGAUAAAUACCUUUUGGAAACCACCAACAAGAACUUAUUCAGUGAAAAGGCCAUUGAAUUAAAGACAAAGAUUAUCAACUUUAACAACCUUCAAGCGAGAAGACAAGCUAAGGCUGUCUCUGCUGCUACCGAAUCCACCACCACCACCACCACCACCGCUAUCGCUGCGGAAUCAUCACCCAUCGUCUAAACAUAAAUACAUAGACU